AUGACUCGUCGAUCCAGUCGUCUUCAGGCGAAAGCCGACGUCAAAGCUCCACGCAAUCAAGCUACCGAUGCAUCCGCCGAUGCCCAACCUACCCCGAUGACCAGUUCCAAGCGAAAACGAAACGCGAAGAGCGAGAUCAUCGCGACAUCUAGAGCACAGUCGGCAGUGGCGAGGGACGACAAAAAGGGACAACCCCUUCCUACUAAGCGAAGGAGAGUCAAAGCCAAAGAUGGAGGCAUCUUUGGAAAGCUACGCGACGUUCCUUUCGAUAUCCUCGAACAGAUAUUCUCGCAUUUAUCUCCUAUGGACCUCGUCAAUCUCGCUCGAACUUCGAAGCACCUGCGAGCAGCGCUCUUGAACAAGGGUCAGAGUCUAGUUCUCUGGAGAACAGUGUUGGAACAAGUUCCUGGCCUUCCUCGCCGGCCGGAGGACGUGAGUGAGCCGGCAUGGGCUGAAUUCCUGUUUGGGAGAACUUGUCAGAUAUGUGGUCGCCAAUCACUUACUACGCCUCAGUGGUGUAGUACGUUGCAACGGAAUCUCGAAUGGAAUGUUCCGACGCGUAUGAGAGGAUGCUUUGUCUGCCUCAAAAAGAUAUUUACUACUUUCCAUGAUUUGGGUCGCUCUGAACCAUGGGCGGUCGGCGUGCCGGCAUUGGAAUUCGACCGUUCCUUGCAUACAGAGAUUUUUAGAGAACGCUAUAGGAAGUACAGGACACUAUCCGGAGAUGAAAGGGAAGCCUGGGUAAAGAAGAUCAAAGAGGAGUGGCAGGCCAAAUAUUCAGGGCACAGAGAGUGCAGUAAAUGGCUGGAGAAAACGCUGGCGGAAGAGAGGAAGCGCGAGGCUGAGCUAAACAGGCGUGGCAGAGAUUUCAUAUACGAACGGAUGAAGGAAGAAGGAUUUGCAGAGGAUGUCGGAACUCCCGACAACCAUAGAAAGAUAGGAACCUUUUACACGGACAAGACAGUCGCGACCCUUUUGAGAAAGGAGGUUACUCCUGAAGUAUGGGCGAACGCCAAAGACAGUGUUAUGGUAGUUGCGCAGAAGUAUCGGAAGUUGCGACUUGAGAGAAAAUAA